AUGUGCCGCCUGCCGUCUCAUACCUCACAUAAACUACAGCCCUGUGAUGUUAGAGUCUUCGGGCCUCUUAAGACAGCCUAUCGUGACGAGGUAGAACGGCUCUGUCGGGGAGGGCUAGAAGCUGUCAGCAAGGAGCACUUCAAUUCUAUAUAUAAGUCUACUAGGGAAACAGCGAUGACCAGGAGGAAUAUCACUGCCGCAUGGGCUGCAAGUGGUUUGUUCCCAUUCAACCUAGAGAGUCCUUCGAAAGACGCCAAAGCCGCCCCUAGAGAUAGCUAUUCCAGACGUGCUUGCUCGUCUAUAAGACUAACAAGAAGCUCAAGUACCUACAACCCCUAUAACGCUAGUAACGACAGAGAAUGUACUGGAUGUGGUCAGUGCAUGCAACAGUUCACCCGAUGCAACACCCCACCAAAAUGGGCGCCCACCAAAAAACGAAGCUUUUGA